UAUCCCUCUGUUGCAUUCAUACUGGUCAUAUGGAAGUCAGCUGUUUCAUUUUCUCAUCUCUUUCCUAUCAAGAUAUAUGUAGGAAAGUCAAGUCUGUGUGUUUUGUAACCAGGCACUGGCCAACAGUGUUAAAGUGAUUGAAGGACUGAAUGAAUAAUUUAGAGGACUGUUCACCUGAGACGACUACAAUUCUGAGACAGAGUAGGAGUGUCUGUUUAACCAGAGUAUAUUGUAUGAGAGUGGACUAAAACUUCUGAUAUAUAGUUAUCUUAUUGUGCUGUCAGGAAGUGUUGGUAUCUGAGUUUUAGGUAAGUUUCAGUGAGCUUUCUUUUAAUGUGUUUUCAAGAAUGAUUACUUUCUAUUUGUUGAGGCGAUCUAUUUGUUUUAAGAAAAUGCACUGAAUUCAAAUGUUACGGCUUAUAAUAAAGACUUUUUUUUUUUUUGGCACAUCCCAAUUUGUAAUUUCUUCCAAAUGUUAAUCUCAUCAGAUGCCUUUGGUAACCUAACACUUACAAAUGUUUAUCUCACUUUUCCUGUUCGUAGGAAGCCAAAAUAUAGUUUGAAGUUUGCUUCCUGUGUUUAGUGUUGCCCCUGGCAGAGGAUUAACUACUAGACAUUAAGAAUUGAGUGUUUCAAGUGUCUGAAAAAUGGAGGUCAAGCGAGUGAAGAGAAAUGUUGAAACUUUGCUUGAUGAAUAUAUUGGACAGCGACUCAGAGAAACUGGUUUUGAUCCAAAGGGUAAAAGCUCUUCUACAAUGUUAGAAGAUUUGGCCCAUUAUGACUUGGCUAUAAGUGUAGCUUUUUGGUGGCUCAAUAAAGAUAAUGGGAAGAAUGCAGCUGAGAAUGACUACAUAGGAAUUGGCAGUUUAAAACAUAUUAGCCAGUACCCUAAUCACCUGGAAAGAGAAGCAAUGAUCCUUUCUUCCUUUGCUGGAAUGCUUCUGAACAGCUUACCUAUAGAAGACAUUCUGUCUCUGUACAAUUGCAAACCAGUGUCAUCUUACCCUCAUAAUCAUACUAAGGGCAAUAUUGUUCACCCGUUCUCCCUCUCUUAUCAUCCAUUUGCUAUGCUCAGUUCACUCAAAGCAGUAGACCACUCAAGAAAACACACCCGGGUACUGAAACGCUGGAUCAAGGAACACCGUAAACAGGAGGUCUCUCCAGUAAUAGGGAAACUGGAGUCCUCCUCCACCUCCUCUUCUAGCUCCUCAUUUAGUGAUAGCGAGGACUCCUUAAAAGAUGAAACCGCAAACUAUGAGGGCUCGCAAGAAUCUCUGCAGGACUGAAAACAGCAGCUCUAUAACAAGCAAAUAAUCAUUUUCAUUGUUUAUUAUACACAUGUAACAUUAUUUCAGGUUUUUCUUAUUUUGUCUUUAUUGUUAAAAUAUUAGUUCUUUCCUAACUUUGUUCACAACCACACUGU